GUACCAGUAUCAGACAUAGCUGGUUGCAGGAGACUCACAACACUACACUGUUACAACAAUACUGCAACAUCACAUCCAGUUCCACUGACAAUCAACCACAAGCAACAUCACGUCCAGUUCCACUGACAAUCAACCACAGGCAACAUCACGUCCAGUUCCACUGACAAUCAAUGACAGGCAACAUCACGUCAUCUUACUGCUUGACCGCAACAACAGGAACCUUCACUCCAGUCCCACUGUUGACCAGUAAAGAAAUUCAAGUACCACUCACAGCACAUCAAUGAUGGAUAAUGACACGCCAGAGGAGUGUAAUGUGUGUUAUAGCAAUUAUGAUGAAGAGCUACGACGGCCACGCACUCUGCCGUGUGGCCACACAUUCUGCACACAAUGUAUUGAAGAUACAAUAAAGAAUGUUCGACUAACCUGCCCCAGCUGCCGUGCUGAGCACAGUGCCACAGCUGCUACUCAGUUCCCAAUCAAUUAUGGUAUGGAGGCUUUCAUUAAGAAAUUCAUAAGUAUGCAGGUCACAUCAGUGGAAACAAUGUCAGCAAAACCUGGUGAAGAUCACACAAGAGGCAUCAGUAAGAAGUUACGGUCUAUGGUAGAGGAACACAAGAGCAAUAUCAAUAACCUUAUAAGUGAGUGUGAGGAAGUAUUGUCUCAGCUGGGCAUGUACCAGGGGCAGGUGAGGGACUGGAAGACCCAGCACCACCAACUGCAGGACAGACUCUAUGAUCUGGUGGAGCAGAACAAGACAGCAAUAAAGUUCCUGGAACAGGAGAAUACCAGUGUGGUAAAUAUGACAACAGAAGGAGAGGCAGGAAAGAAGCAGCUGCAGACCAUGCUGGAGUGCCUCGACACAGUCAACACUGCACAGGAGGUCGACACAGCCUUUGAUGAAGCUGAUCAGUGCAACUUGGAGGUUGAAGAUUGGAUCCAGAAGUGUCAGGAACUCUUCCCAGAUGUCAACACUGUCUACACCUCAGUGAAGGUGCAGGAGACUAUCAAGAAGGCUCUGAACAUGACCACAGAGACAGGUGCCACAGCUGUCCCUGUCCUGGAAGAUUCUGGCUCCACCAUUAUGGAGAAAGUUGAGCUAAUUACUGGUGAAAUAUCUCCCAAGAAGUUAACUGUUGAUGAUCUUGGUGGUAUGAGUGAGAGCAUCAAGAGACUGUUGGAGGCUGGCCUGGUGUUGGGUGUCCUGCAAGAUCAAGAUGACCUCCGCUACUCCAGGAUAACUUUACAAGAUGAUCAACUGUAUCUCCACACUCUCCAGCAUCAACCACCACCCACCCACACCCACACCAUCCAGGUGACGGAGGUGAUGGAGGCACUGGAGACGUCCUCCACUCUGGUAUUUCUUGACCUGGCCUGGCCUGGAUCACCCAGACGAAGACUCCACAUCCAGCUGGAUACUGACACCAUGAUGGCCAGACAGUUUGUAUUGUUGUGUACUGGACAGCACCAACCUGCCUCCUACCUCAACACUAAACUGCUGUGUACUGGACAACAGAAGCAGUCAGGCUCUUCUUACCUCAACACUAAACUGUUGUGGGUAUGGAACAAGGGUCAGCCAGGAGAGUUUGUGGGGGGUGGAGACUACCAGUAUAAUAAUGGUGAGGGAGGCGCACCACUGCUGCCUCACCAGCUUGAUCACCGGUACCAGAAGUCAGGCAGUGCUGGUGCUGUGUGGUCACGGUAUGACCCGUGCAGUAACAAGAGUUCACAGUUCUGCAUCAUCACCAGGGACCACACAAGUGGUCUCAAGUGGUCUGGUGUCUUUGGUAAGGUGGUAAGUGGCCUAGAUGUGGUGAGAGCAGCAGUCAACCACAGUGACAUCACAGAGGUGACUGUGGUGGAUUGUGGUGUUGUGUUGACACUCUAGUUCAUUGUACCAUCACUACUGUGUCACUAUUUCUGCUGUAUACCACCAUCAAUACAUUGAAGUCACAUUCACUGCAGUGGUGUGUCACUAUCAUUAGAGUGGUGUUUCACCAUCACUGAAGUGGAAUAUCACUAUCAGUACAGGUCUCAUCAUCACUACAUGAUGUCACUACAAAGGUGCUACCAUGAGUACAGUGUUCUGAUCACUACAGCAGUGUCAGCAUUGCUACAGUGGUAUAACCAUCACUACAGAGGUGCACCACCUGUACAGUGCUGUGACCACUGCAGUGGUGUCACCAUCAGUACAGAGGUGUCACCAUCACUACAGUAGUAUCACGAUCACUACAGCGGUGUCACUACAGUUGUGGGAACAAAUUCCAUCCUAAGUCCUCUACCCAAAACAAAUGCACACAGCCGGGUUAGUGGAGGUGGUUGGAAGGUACAUCUUAAUUUAUAGAUUUAACCUUCAAGGAAGGUGUAGGUCAUUUAUACUGUUAGUAACUAUUAUUAGGAUUGUUGAGGCAACUGUAGAUAUUAAUUAUGUAGACCUAAGACCUUAACAUAGGUAGGAAUAGGCCUUUAACAUAGGCAAACACUAGGAUAUAUUAGCUAGGGAGAACUGGCAGCCUCAAGUUUGAGCGGCAAGGCACAGGUCUUUGAGAUGCCGGUGCUUUCUUCUAAGAUCAGACACCAUUGGAAUAACAGGUGCCAUGAACAGCAUGUUUACCUGGAGUUUACCUGGAGAGAGUUCCGGGGGUCAACGCCCCCGCGGCCCGGUCUGUGACCAGGCCUCCUGGUGGAUCAGAGCCUGAUCAACCAGGCUGUUGCUGCUGGCUGCACGCAAACCAACGUACGAGCCACAGCCCGGCUGAUCAGGAACUGACUUUAGGUGCUUGUCCAGUGCCAGCUUGAAGACUGCCAGGGGUCUGUUGGUAAUCCCCCUUAUGUGUGCUGGGAGGCAGUUGAACAGUCUCGGGCCCCUGACACUUAUUGUAUGGUCUCUUAACGUGCUAGUGACACCCCUGCUUUUCAUUGGGGGGAUGGUGCAUCGUCUGCCAAGUCUUUUGCUUUCGUAGUGAGUGAUUUUCGUGUGCAAGUUCGGUACUAGUCCCUCUAGGAUUUUCCAGGUGUAUAUAAUCAUGUAUCUCUCCCUCCUGCGUUCCAGGGAAUACAGGUUUAGGAACCUUAAGCGCUCCCAACAAUUGAGGUGUUUUAUCUCCGUUAUGCGCACCGUGAAAGUUCUCUGUACAUUUUCUAGGUCGGCAAUUUCACCUGCCUUGAAAGGUGCUGUUAGUGUGCAGCAAUAUUCCAGCCUAGAUAGAACAAGUGACCUGAAGAGUGUCAUCAUGGGCUUGGCCUCCCUAGUUUUGAAGGUUCUCAUUAUCCAUCCUGUCAUUUUUCUAGCAGAUGCGAUUGAUACAAUGUUAUGGUCCUUGAAGGUGAGAUCCUCCGACAUGAUCACUCCUAGGUCUUUGACGUUGGUGUUUCGCUCUAUUUUGUGGCCACAAUUUGUUUUGUACUCUGAUGAAGAUUUAAUUUCCUCAUGUUUACCAUAUCUGAGUAAUUGAAAUUUCUCAUCGUUGAACUUCAUAUUGUUUUCUGCAGCCCACUGAAAGAUUUGGUUGAUGUCUGCCUGGAGCUUUGCAGUGUCUGCAAUGGAAGACACUGUCAUGCAGAUUCGGGUGUCAUCUGCAAAGGAAGACACGGUGCUUUGGCUGACAUCCUUGUCUAUGUCGGAUAUGAGGAUGAGGAACAAGAUGGGAGCGAGUAUUGUGCCUUGUGGAACAGAGCUUUUCACCGUAGCUGCCUCGGACUUUACUCUGUUGACGACUACUCUCUGUGUUCUGUUAGUGAGGAAAUUAUAGAUCCAUCGACCGACUUUUGCUGUUAUUCCUUUAGCACGCAUUUUGUGCGCUAUUACGCCAUGGUCACACUUGUCGAAGGCUUUUGCAAAGUCUGUAUAUAUUACAUCUGCAUUCUUUUUGUCUUCUAGUGCAUUUAGGAUCUUGUCGUAGUGAUCCAAUAGUUGAGACAGACAGGAGCGACCUGUUCUAAACCCAUGUUGCCCUGGGUUGUGUAACUGAUGGGUUUCUAGAUGGGUGGUGAUCUUGCUUCUUAGGACCCUUUCAAAGAUUUUUAUGAUAUGGGAUGUUAGUGCUAUUGG